AGCCUCCGUUAGGGGUGGGAAAAGAUGUGCCAUAGGUCACUGAGGACACCAUCCGAUCUCUCACUGGCCGAGGCCAAAAAAAAGAUACUUUUCCCAUUCGCUAGCGGGCAAACCCCCAAAAGCCCAUUGGCUGCGUUGUCCGCGGGCCUCCGUCGGCUCUGGGGGCGGGCCGAGGCGGCCGGAGGAGGGAGCGCGCUGGGGGCUCGCGGUUGCCCCGGUUACACCCAGGCACGUGUGCAGUCCCGGGAGCGGCUCCGGGAAGCUGCCCAGCGCGCGCAGCCGGAGGAAGCGCAGCCCGGUCCGCUCGGGUCGGGCCCGGCUGGGCCAUGGAGCCGUUACCUGAGCCCGUGUCCCGGCCCCAGCCCGUGCCCCGCUGUCUCCUGCUUUUUCCCCUGUUAUUGCUCCUGCUGCUGCUACUGCCGGCCCCGGAGCUGGGCCCGAGGCAGGCCCGAGCAGAUGAGACCGACUGGGUUCGGCUGCCCAGCAAAUGCGAAGUGUGUAAAUAUGUUGCUGUGGAGCUGAAGUCAGCCUUUGAGGAAACUGGCAAGACCAAGGAGGUGAUUGACACGGGCUACGGCAUCCUGGACCGCAAGGCCUCCGGAGUCAAAUACACCAAGUCGGACUUACGGUUAAUCGAAGUCACUGAGACCAUCUGCAAGCGGCUCCUGGACUACAGCCUGCACAAGGAGAGGACUGGCAGCAACCGGUUUGCCAAGGGCAUGUCAGAGACCUUUGAGACGCUACACAACCUGGUGCACAAAGGGGUCAAGGUGGUGAUGGACAUCCCUUACGAGCUGUGGAACGAGACCUCGGCCGAGGUGGCCGACCUCAAGAAGCAGUGCGAUGUACUGGUGGAGGAGUUCGAGGAGGUGAUCGAGGACUGGUACAGGAACCACCAGGAGGAGGACCUGACACAGUUUCUCUGUGCCAACCACGUGCUGAAGGGCAAGGACACCAGCUGCCUGGCAGAGCAGUGGUCUGGCAAGAAGGGGGACACAGCUGCCUUGGGCGGGAAGAAAUCCAAGAAGAAGAGCAGCAGGGCCAAGACCUCUGGUGGCGACAGCAGCAAACAGAGGAAGGAGCUGGGUGGCCUCGAGGGAGACCCCAGCCCUGAGGAGGACGAGGGCAUCCAGAAGGCAUCCCCCCUCACACACAGCCCCCCUGAUGAGCUCUGAGCUGAACCCAGCGGCUCCUGCUGACCAAGACCGCUGACCUGGAAGCAGAAGGGUCUGGGCUAUGGCUCUGGCCUCAGGCCUCCCUGCCUCGGCUGUGCCUCUUCUGCCGCGGACAGACUCCAGCCCUGGAAGAACUCAGAUCAGCUGCAGCUGGCCCGGGCCGUCCUCUUCCCUCUGCCCACGGAGCGCCCCUCUCCUGACACAGGCUUCAGACAGGACUGCCGAGGACUCAGCGUGGACUCGGGUGGGCAGGGUUCGGAGCUGGACCCCAGGACUGCAGCUUGGAGCCUGUCACCCCCUCACUCCUCCUGGCACUGGGAAGCAAGACGGAGACCCCCAGCUCCUCCUUUGCCCACCUUCUUGUGGACAAUUUGUGCUCUGCCCAGCCCUCCCCAGGGCUCACAGAGUAAAAACCAUUUGGCCUUUUUCGUCCCAAUUUCUGAGUCCCCUUCAGCCCCUCAGAGGGCCCCAGAGCCCAUUAUGGCUCUUCCUGCUCCUCACCUUCCAGCCGUGGGGGAUGAGGUUGAGAGGCUAUUCCCAUCCUCUCAUUACUAAGGCCUAACCGGCUGACUGUGGGGAACAGCAGGUGUGGGGAGGGCGGCGGGAUGUGAGGUGAGGCUGAGCACAGUGCUUGGGCCUGGGACCUGCCCCUCAGCUGCACUUGGCCUAACUGAACCCCCCAGGGUGGGAGGGGCCUCACUCGUGCCCUGGCACCUGGCUGCCCUCAUUCCUUCCCUGCAUCCCACCUCUCCUCUCUCCCCCAAGGUCUUCCUGUUUGUUGUGUAAAGUGUACACGAGUGACCAUACUGGUUCCCGCCCCUGCCCUCCACCUCUGUCUGGCCCUGCCUGUUGGUCUUGAACCUUGUUCCCUGAUGACUACACCUGAUCACUCUGCACUUCCUAACUGUUGUGCCUGGAGCCUAGAUGGGAGGACACCCCAAUCCCCCAACAACAGCUGGUUACACCAUGUUCUCUAGGAGCAGGGGAGGAACGGGAAGGCUGGCCUCUGGGGAGAAGGGGUGGGAAGCUCAGGCACCUCCCCAGUUUGUCCUGAGGGCAGAGAUCAGUGGCGUCAGUAGCAAUGGUGAUGAUGCUAGUGCUUUAACCCUAACAGUGCACUUGGGUGGUAGCUGUUAGCCCCAUUUUGUAGAAGGAGAAACUGAGGCUCAAGUCAAGGGAUACACCUGAAGCCCUCCUGCUGGUAGUGGUAGACCUGCCCUCAGACUCUGGCUUUGAGCACCAGUCCAUUGUAUCCGCAGGAUCCUGCUGCUGCAGGACCCCUUCCCCGCCGACACCUGGCUCUGACCACGUGGUUCAUAUUGAACUGGUUUGGAUUCUUACCCUUAACCCCCCCCCCCACUAACAAGUCUCUUCUAAAAGGAAAAUAGGAAGCAGCUGUUGCUUCUUGGAAGGUGAGAAUGGCGGAAGGGGCUGCCACAUCCCCAGGAGCACCUGCGCUGAGGCCAGCAGGUAGGACCAGCACUGCUGAGGGGUCCCAGACUCCAGCUUCCAGAGAAGAGCCUCUGGGGUCCCUUCAACCUGGGCUCAGUCCCUCUUUCCCUCCCCGAGGUGGGGACACCAAGGCCAUAGAGAGUGGGGCAAACUGGGAAGCUGCUUCUCUGGCCUAUGAGGCUUAGAACAGGCCCUUGGAGGAUGAUCCUUUUUGGUCUGGCCCCCACCUCCGCAUCUCCAGUGCUGAUACCACCCGCUGUUGAAGGGGCCAUGGGCAGAGAUUCCAGUCCUGGACUUUGUUCUGAACACAGGAGACAACUGGGGUCAGGCAUUGGAACCCAGGGCUGUCUAGGGUUUGAUGGCCAGUCUGACUCCCUCAUCCUAUCACUAACCCACAGCACUUCAGUGCCUGGCUUACUUCCAUCCCCAGAGUUUCACUGUCCUUAGAGUAGGAUGAGGCAAGACCUAUCCCCUUCCUGGGGUGUUGGCCCAGGGGCCGAAUCCCAGGCCAAGGACCAGCCCAGAGGGCGGGCAGCUCUGUGACUGUGUUGCUCUUUGACCUGUGGCUGCAUGAUGAGCACCCUCUCCCGCCCCCCACAAGGCCAGACAUAUUACACACUCACUAGCUCCCCACCUACCCACCCCAGCAGGCAGCUUCUCCCUGGCCCAGCCUGGAAAAGAAAGAAGGCAGGAUCUGGCUUCCCCACCACACACAGGCUUCUUUGAACUUGAAUAUUGCCUCCCACUUUCCCACAUCCCUUCCCUCGAUGAGGUGAGGGUACUGUCUGAGCUUGAGUGAACCUGAUUUCAAUCCCCUUAUUAGAAACCUGAUGAAAAUAGGGUUUCCUGCCCUCACAUGGACAUGAGAGUCACUUGGAUGCUUGUUAAACAUGCUGAUGUCGGGGUUCCCCUCAGACUUCCUGGGUGGGAGAUCCAGGAGUCCAUGUGGGUCUUAAGAUGAGGCCAGGUGGAACCCACUUCACCAGGAAAAAUUUGGGUCUUGUGUUCAGAGGGGCCAAGGCCUAAUGAAGCCACAUCUGGUCCUCAGAGGCACGAAUUGUCAGAACCUCAGAGAGGAUCUCUCUCCCUGUUGGAGACAUGCAUCACCCAGAACCACAAAGGCCGAUGGGCAAACCUCAAGGUCAGUUUGUCAGUUUGUUCCAGUUCAGUGAUAAGUCUCAGGUGCUGGGGCUCUGUAGUCUCAGAAGUGGCUGCAUUGGGACCUCUCUGUAUUUGUUUUAAGAGAGAGCUCCUAGGAGUCUGGCUCCUCCCUUUAUUUCCAAGUUCCUGGGCGGUAUUAAUGUGCAGCAUCUUUUUGCAAGUUAGAAAGUGGUGCUUUUCACACCUUUGACUCCCAUCUGUCCGAAAGUUAUUUUAAUAAAAGUUUUGUUAGAGUAA